AUGAGUCACUCUAGCCAAACAUCAUCGCGGCGUCGGCCAGGUAUGCUGAAAGGCCUGAGACAACUCCGAUUGGAGUUCGAGCCCGAUACUCUGGGUGAAGACAUCGCUGCCGCCGAGGAUGUGGAUGCUGAACAGCUCAUGAUCAGCGGGGAGAGGGGGUUCAGCUUCUUCGAGGACGAGAGCUAUCACUCUACGCGUCCAUCUCUGAACGCGAAUUCUCGCAGUGGCCGUUGCCCAGGCUCUGACGGCGGGAGUGCUACGGAUGCUAGUGGGGUGCGAACUUUAGGAUUGGAAAAGAGCGUCCGAGACAAUGAAGAGUUCAUUACGCACCAAGACGAGUGGAAUGGUUGUGGCCUCGAGUUGCGGGUGUGGGCUGGCCCAGUGCAACCACACAAGAACCCCAUCAUCAACGAGUACCGCCAGCUAGUGCUGAACUAUGGCAGCCUGCGCGACGGUGUUGGGCCGGCUUCUCCAUGCCAGGUUCAUGCAGGAGUUCCUGAAAGAUCCUUGAUUUUCCACACGGCGUGGCGCACAGCCAUAAUGCCGCCUGGCGAGCUAGUUCCCCCCGCACUUGAGGACGUGGCUGGAAUGGGAGAUGUUCUCGCCGCUCUCAAGAGGCACCGCGCCACGGCACGCUUCCAGUACGAUAAUCUAAAGCGCGAGAGAAGAGAUGUCGCUUUGAGCGCUCCACUCGGCGCGCCACACUUUUUCUGGACUGGCAACCUAGAGGUGUCGACGAAGCAGUGA